AUAUUUUUUGUUCCAUUCCUAUUUUCUGUUUUAUUUACUGGGCUUUUUGCUUUUUCCUCUUCAAUCACUUCUUCUUCUUUUACUACUUUACUAUGUUGAGAUCCGCUUUCCAAAGACCUAUCCGCAACGGUGCUUUGCGUUCCCUGUCUGUCGUGUCCAUGCAGAUGCGAGGCUACGUCUUCCCUGCUGGACAGAAGGAGCUGCUCAACAGCCGCCUCAAGGAUACCGAUCCUGAAAUGUUCGAUAUUAUUGAGAAGGAGAAGAAGAGACAGCGUACCGGUAUCUGUCUCAUCCCCUCUGAGAACUUCACAUCCCGAUCUGUUAUGGAUGCUCUUGGCUCCAUUAUGCAGAACAAGUACUCGGAAGGUUAUCCCGGAGCAAGAUACUACGGUGGUAACGAAUUCAUCGAUCAGUCUGAGCUUUUGUGCCAAAAGCGUGCUCUUGAAGCAUUCGAUCUCGAUAAUUCCAAGUGGGGUGUCAACGUGCAGUCUCUUUCAGGUGCUCCCGCCAACUUGUACGUUUACGGUGCUCUCUUGAAGCCUCAUGAACGUAUCAUGGGCCUCGAUCUUCCCCACGGAGGACACUUGUCUCACGGCUACCAAACCCCGACCAAGAAGAUCUCAAUGGUUUCCAGCUAUUUUGAAACUCUCCCAUAUCGUCUUGAUGAGAAGACUGGCUACAUUGAUUACGACGCUCUUGAAGCCAAUGCUAUUCUCUACAGACCCAAGAUCAUUGUUGCUGGUGCAAGUGCUUACCCUAGAAACAUUGAUUUCGCCAGAAUGAGAAAGAUUGCUGACCAAGUUGGUGCCUACCUUCACGUCGACAUGGCUCACAUCAGUGGUCUUGUUGCUGCCGGUGUUCUUCCAUCACCAUUUGAAUACGCUGACCUUGUCAUGACCACCACCCAUAAGUCUCUCCGUGGUCCCCGUGGUGCCAUGAUUUUCUUCCGUAAGGGUGUCCGCAACGUCGAUAAGAAGGGAAAGGAAAUUAUGUAUGAUUUGGAAGGCCCAAUCAACACCUCUGUUUUCCCUGGUCAUCAAGGUGGCCCUCACAACCACACCAUUGCUGCUCUCGCAGUUGCCUUGAGACAAUGCAAGGAACCCAUCUACAAGGAAUACCAACAGCAAGUCCUGUCUAACAACCAAGCCUUUGCCAAGGCUUUCACCGGUCGUGGAUAUGAACUCGUGUCUGGUGGUACUGACACUCACUUGCUUCUUGUGAACUUGCGCUCCAAGGGCAUUGAUGGCGCUCGUGUUGAGCGUAUUCUCGAAUUGGCCAACAUUGCUGCUAAUAAGAACACUGUUCCCGGUGACAAGAGUGCUUUGAUCCCAGGUGGUCUUCGUAUUGGUACUCCUGCCAUGACCAGCCGUGGACUAAAGGAAGACGACUUUGUCAAGGUUGCCGACUUCAUUGAUCGUGCUGUGCAAAUCGCUCUUGACGAAAAGAAGAAGGUUUCCACCACCAAGUUGAUUGACUUUAAGAAGCACAUCGGUAACGGUGAGAAUAUUCCUGCCCUCCAAGAACUCAAGAAGGACGUCAUUACCUUCUCUGAAAGCUUCCCCACCGUUGGUUUCAAUGAGGAUGAAAUGACAUACCAAUAGACUUGUUUCCUCAUCAACUCAAAAACACUCCUGCAUACCAAACCCUUCUUUCUUUUCUCUCCCCAUUACUUUCAACACCUGUAACCUUAUCCGCUUUUUCUUUACAUGUUUGUCUUCAACUACUAGCAUAAAAUAAAAUACAA